AUGUCUUCAAUGAUAAAAGAAAGUACCCUUAUACCCAGGUUACACCCUCCUGCGCAACCGCCCUCGCUCUCCAACCCGCCCAGUCCACGAACACAUCGCGCCCUUCGCCGACUGCAAUCUGCGCAUACGUUAGGGCAAUCGAAUCAGCCCUCUUUGAUCUCGCAGCAGCAUAACCAAGUCCAGAGAAAUACAUCGCCAGUGAAAGGUGCCGCAGCGUCGCACCAACACACCCGAGGGAGAUCGCACAGCGAUGCAAACAGCAUGACGGUUCCUCCAGGGUUGGCGGGGGGCAGAAGGCCUGUGAUCAAGAAAUCCCCUGCAGCAGAUGCGCUGUCUCUGGACAGGCUCAUACGAGAAGGGCCGCCUGAUAAGGAUCUCAUUGGAUCUCUGGAUAGCGUGAGGCUGAAGAUACUAGAUCAGGGCAUCAAGAGCGAUACCGAUGGCAUGUCCUCGUUGCGAAUUUAUGUCUGGCUCAUCCUGCUCAAUGCCCCCGUCCUCGAAACCGACUCGUAUCUCACCCUCAUCCACCGCGGCGCCUCCCCUGCCUAUUCUAAAAUCCGCAACGAUACCUUCCGCACGCUUGCCACCGAUCCGCUCUUCCGGCGGCGCGUCAGCGAGGCCUCCCUCAUCCGUUUACUCAACGCCGUAGCCUGGAAACUCCAUGAUGCGAAGGAGGAGCGCGCAGAGAGCCUCGCGAGGUCGACAAGCCUGACUAGAAUCACAAACACGGCAAAUUCACACGGCAGUCCCGAACUGCAUAACUCGACGCUGGCCAUGAAGAGUAGAGCGCGCGCGUUGACGUUGACGACUGAAGGCUCAGAGGUCGGGACGAGCGAGCCGGGUACGUAUGUUCAGGGUAUGAAUGUGCUGGCUGCUCCGUUUCUAUACGCGGCGAGGAGCGAGGCAGAAGCGUUCGUUGCAUUUCAUCGAUUCAUCACGACGGAGUGUCCGGGCUAUGUGAGGGGUGCUAUGGAUGGUGUACAUAAGGGGCUGGCUCUUGUUGAUAAAGUGCUUGCUAUCGUGGACCCGAAACUCAGUCUGUAUCUGAUUGGGAAAGGCAUGAAUGCAGAGCUCUAUGCUUUCCCGUCAGUACUGACGCUUUGCGCCUGUACGCCACCGUUGCCGGAAGUCUUGAGGCUAUGGGACUUUCUAUUCGCUUACGGAGCUCAUCUCAAUAUUUUGUGUAUUGUGGCCCAAUUGGUCAUGCUCAGAACGUCGAUUUUGAGUUCACCAAGUCCUACAAAGAUACUACGCUCGUUCCCGCCUCUCCAAGCUGAGAUUAUCAAAGAGGUCACUUUGACUCUUAUCAAGAAGAUACCCGACGAUGUAUACGCCGAGAUUGUUUCACAUGCAAUGUGA